CAACGCUCUUUCCUUACUCAAUUUCUUGAAUCCCUUGCUCGAUGUAGAUUGGCAAAGGUAGAUCAACACCCAAGUCGCCAGUCAGUAGUGAAAACCAAAGGCUACUUACCCUCGAUUAUGUUGCGGGCACUUUCACACGAGCCAAACGACGUCGAAUGGAAUGCAGCAAAUCAUGAACAAACACCCGAUGCUCAUGCUCAAGCUCAAGCCCCUCUGGAACUGGAGACAUCGAACAACAAACGAAAGCGGCAAAGCCACUGUUUCUGCGCGCCGCAAAUGUUCGGCGGUGGCAUAUACCUUCCCGAUCCAUCGACUUACGACCCCAUUGAGAUAUUGCUCAACACCUAUGACCGAAGUGAGAGGGACGAGCUCGUCAAGAUAUGGCGAGACAACAAACUGAGCGAAUUGAACUUUGUUGGCGUCGUGUCCGCUCUCCUUGCCGGCGUUCUCACGUCAACAGGCAGCUGGCCUAAUAUCCUAACGACUGGCCAGCCUUCUCCUUGGUACGUCCGCACAGCAUGGUACUGUGGUAUUGUCAUCUCUCUGCUUUCUAUCAUCAGUGCCGCAGACCAAACAGUACGUCUACACCGGCUAUCAUCUCACCGCGAUGGACUGGCCAAUAUCCAUAAGCUCCUUAGCAAGGGGAGUAGGAGGAAAAAGACAGGGCGCCGUGCACCUAGCUACUUCCAAAUUAUGACCUGGCAGAUGCCAGUCAUGUUUCUCAUCACCGGGACGAUUUGCAUGGUUAUGGGUAUGUUCUUGCUGGUGUGGAGUGCAACAUCGCACUUGGGAGACCUUACGAAAUGGGAUGACCAAAACAAGGUUGCUAUUGUGUUCACGGUCAUCGCGAGUCUUGCGAUCAUCAUGUUUUUUGCUGGGCAGAUUUCUCUAUACUCGCCGAUCAGGGAGUAGGAAGUGCGAAGAUCUUCUGGAGACGUGGUACAGUUGUGUGCGACUUAUCGUGGUCGCAUUCUUCAUCCGGAUCUGCAGCCAGGCGGUCUAUAUCGCGAGGAGUCAGAGGACGUGAGAUAUGCUGUAUAAUUCGAUACAUCUCAGAUGAUGACUGUGUUGGCGAUGAUGAUGUAGGACGGCGAUGCAGAAUAUAUUGAGAAAUGGACGGUCGAUGGCGCUGACUGUGAUGGAAG